AUGCCACCACUACAUGAUCCGAGCAGCCUUCGCGAUACUGUAGUUGCACCUCUGGAACGACAUGUAGCGGGUGCCAGUCACAAGUAUGGGCCGGUACAUCUGUCGGAUCAGGCUCAAGCUAUACUCGGUAAUGUCUAUAAUUUCAAUAGUGGCUUUCUGUCUCCUCAAAUCGAGGCACGUCAAGAUGUGGCACUACGUGGCCUAUACUACGAGCUGAUGAACUCCCGCCGAAACCAGAUAGUGUCUGCUGGCCAUGCAACGUGCAGUUGGAUAUUCCGCACCAACUUUCUGGCGUGGUUGUAUGACGACAAACCAAUCUUCUGGCUUUCUGGCAAGCCUGGCUCGGGCAAAUCGACCCUCAUGAAAUAUCUGUCGCACGCUGCGGCACUGCAGCAGGCACUACCGCAUGUCGCCACCAGCUGGCACGUUUCUGCUUUCUUCUUUGACUUCAGACAAGCAACCGAAAUCGGUAACAAUGUUGAAGGACUAAUUAGGUCAAUCCUGUAUCAGGUGUUAGACGAGGUACAGAAAAAGAACAUCGGGUUCGCAUCUCCAUUGUGCUCGAAAUAUCCUUCGUUAGAUGAACUCCGUGACAUCUUGUUACAAAUCUUCCAUACACUGGAUUAUCAUUUCUUGAUCUUGAUUGAUGGUCUGGAUGAGUUCUCGGGCAACGCGCGGACAAUGAUCGAGUUUCUUUCAGGUCUGCAAGACAACUCCAGGAUAAAGCUGUGCAUCGCCAGUCGCCCCACGCCCCUGAUAAAGCUUUUAUUCGAGCAGAUGGCUGUGCCGGAGCUGCAGGUAUCAGCUUACAACAUGCCAGGUAUUAAUCGAUAUAUCGACACUACAAUCGAGCAGUUCAAGCCAGUGUUAGAUCCACUGAAGUUACCGAAUCUCAACCACGAACUGCAAAGAAGAGCUGAUGGCGUGUUUCUUUGGGUCUGCCUGGCUAUCGAAGAUGUCCUUCUUGCAUGUGCAGAAGGAGCUAGUCCUAUGGAAGUCUUCCACAGAAUUAACGCCAUCCCCGAUGAGAUUUCGACACUCUAUGACAGGAUUGUCGUGCGAAUACCACAGCAACGGAAGCUGGAAGCAGCACUGAUUUAUGAAUUGGUAAGUACUGCCACUUUUCAGGUCUCGGUUCCCGUUUUACAAGCUGCGCUUCGCUUUGUCCUCGCUCAGCUAAACCAUGUCGACCAUGCAGCAGCCAUAUCCUGCUUGUCGACUGCAGACUUUUGCCGCAGGCUGCAAGCCACAAUGGGUGGCCUUCUGGAGACACGACUAUCAGAACUUUUCGAAGUUGAGCGAUACGCAGCUGUAAUACAAAUUCUUGAGAACUUGAAGUCAGAUACAGUGCCUGAACCUGUGAUGAGACCCAGCCAUGCACAUCGUGCGCCAUUCCGAGACCAUGUCACAGACCUAGACCAUACAGUUGUCCGACUGAUGCACGAGACCGUCAAGACGUUCACCGAGACAACCUUAUGGGUCGACCAGGCGCUUCCCGUGUCAUUCAGAAAAGCAUUUGCGCCUGAUCUGUGGACAUGUAUCUUUGAAAAGGUCAUCAUAUCCUGUAACGACAGCAUAGACACUACGGACAUCCAUUGCGUUGAGUCAUUGACGUACAGACCAUCCACAUACCUCCCUUUCCGACCGGGGUUCUUCGCUUUCGCGCGUCAACUGAAAUGUAUCUGCAAACUCGAGCACAGGCUUGAUGACCUGCUCUUGCUCUACUACAGUGUCAAACACCGUGGACUCCACAAGCUGUCCGAUUCUGUGAUUCGUGAGCAUGUUUCUUUCGGCAUUACAGAAGAUCGAGUUUCAGGCCUUUCACGUGAAACCAAUGCUCAGCUUGAUCUUCCACUGAUGAAGUGGAUCUCAGCAUGGCAAGGACGUUCACUUCCACCGUUACCUCUAGGUACACGUCGGUCGCGCAAUUGA